CACCACAUGAAUUCUUUCAAUGAUUCUUUCUGGGCGCCAUAUUUUGAUACUCGUGUUGUUUGCAAACUCUAUCUCUGAAUACUCUCAUUUUUAUGAUCAGAAAUUCUGUAAGAACCGAAGUAUUAUAAAGAUUCAAUAAAGAAAGACUCGAGGGAACAGUUGGGUGAUAUUUUUAAUCGAAAUUUGACCGCACGUGUGACCGUACGGGGAAAAUAUCAAAAGCUGAAACCAUGUUUAGCAAAUUUGAUGAUGUUUGUAACAAGGUAUUUUCAAAGAAAGGAGAUUUGGUGAGACAUAAAAGAACACACACUGAAGACAAACCUUAUGAAUGUGAUGUUUGCAACAAAAGAUUUUCGCAGUCAAGUCACUUAGCGGUUCAUAAGAGAACACACACUCAAGAAAAACCUUAUGAAUGUGAUGUUUGCAACAAAAGGUUUUCGCAGUCAUGCCACUUAGCGGUUCAUAAGAGAACACACACUGGGAACAAACCUUAUGAAUGUGAUGUUUGCAACAAAAGGUUUUCGCAAUCAUGCCACUUAGCGGUUCAUAAGAGUACACACACUGGGAACAAACCUUAUGAAUGUGAUGUUUGCAACAAAAGGUUUUCGCAGUCAAGCCACUUAGCGGUUCAUAAGAGAACACACACUGGAGACAAACCUUUUGAAUGUGAUGUUUGCAACAAAAGAUUUUUGCAGUCAGGCAAGUUAGCGGUCCAUAAGAGAACACACACAGGGAAUAAACCUUAUGAAUGUGAUGUUUGCAACGAAAAAUUUUCGCGGUCAGACGUUUUAGCUAUCCAUAAAAGAACACACACUGGAGAGAAGGCUUAUGAAUGUGACGUUUGCAACAAAAGAUUUUUGCAGUCUGGCAACUUAGCCAUACAUAACAGAACACAUACUGGGAGCAAACCUUAUGAAUGUGAUGUUUGCAACAAAAGAUUUUCACGGUCAGACACCUUAGUUAGACAUAAAAGAACACAUACUGGAGAGAAACCUUAUGGAUGUGAUGUAUGCAAAAAAAGAUUUUCUGACCGAAGCACCCUAACUAAACAUAAGAGAACACACAUUGGAGACAAACCUUAUGAAUGCGAUGUUUGCAACAAACGAUUUUCACACUCAGGUCACUUUGCGGUUCAUAAGAGUACACAUACUGGAGAGAAACCUUAUGAAUGUGAUGUUUGUAAGAAGAGAUUUUCAUGCUUGAGCCACUUAACAAGACAUAAAAGAACACACACUAGAAACAAACCUUACCAAUGUGACGUUUGCAACAAGAGAUUUUCAGAAUCACGCAAGUUAAGACAACAUAAAACAUUAGCACACAAGAGAAACCAGAGUUUUGCGUGCGGUAUAUGUAAGAAGACAUUCACACAACAACAAAGUCUCAAACGUCACUGGAGAUCACACUUGAGAGAUGGCUUCUUAUUGUGCCACACUUGUGGCAAAGAAAUUAUUCAAGGUCAAGGACAUGCUAGUGAGAUACUGAGUGAUGAUCAUUUUGUCUGUGACAAAUGCAACAAACAGUUUCCUGAUAUUGAAAGUUUAUAUCAGCACAAGGCCAAAGACCAUGGUACGUUCUACCAAUGUGAUGUCUGUAAAGAAUUAGAAGCAAGAGAAGCAACUGGUAUUGGUUAUAUCUGUUGUGUCUGCGCUGCUGAGUUUGAAAUUGCCACUGAACUUGAAGAUCAUAUGAGUAUGCAUGACAAUGUGUUGCCCCCAUAGAUAUCUUAUAUACACUAGAUAGCGCAUCUCUUUUAUUAAAAUUGAAGUCAAGAAUAUUCCAGCGGUUACCCUCAUUUGAAAAGAUGGCGGCCAUAUUGGUUGUUCCCACUUGCUAAUAAACGCUUAAAAACAACAAUAACUUUGAUCAUUUGAAUAGUUUAAAAACGUAUUUGGAACAGGGUUAACUUAGUGUUUAAGUUCCCUGUUUACUGUCGUUCCAAUUGAAGUGUUGCUGAAGUAUUGAUUCAAUACAUUACAUCAGGCCGACCAAUUCAUUUCAUCAAGUUCCUCGAGAUAUUCAUACACUUCCUAGUAUAAUUGUAAACUUCCUGUUGAAUAGUUUGAAUGCACCAAUCACCUUUGUUGUUUGUGCAACUAACCAAUCAUAAAUAGAAAGGAAGUGACCAGAAAUGAUCAAAUACUUGGAAUUGGCUCUUUCACAGGAAGUGUAUGAAUAUCUCGAGGAACUUGAUCAAAUGAAUUGGUCAGCCCGAGGUAAUGUAUUGAAACAAUAUUUGAGCAACACUUCAAUUGGAACGACAGUAAGAAAUAGAAAACACACAAAUCUUCUCAUUUCAUGGGAACGACCUGAGACUGCAAUCACGGCUUCAAUUUUUGAAUUGGAGAAUAAUUAGAUGCACUAUCUAGUGUAUAUAAGAUAUCUAUGGUUGCCCCACUAGACUAGCAACAUAAAUUGAAAGUAUUUGUGUGAUAUGUUGUAAUGUGUUGAAAUUUAUCUUGAAAUUGUUUUGAGAUUGUUCGAAAUUGAUUAACUUGUUUUCGGAUUGUCUCUAAUAAACUUGUUAAAAAAGUAUCACUGUUCAAUUUUCAAAUGAUGUUAAUAUUUUGCUAAUGAGUAAUGAAUGUUGUC